AUGGAGAAUAUGUGCUUAAGACAGACCAAGAAUGAAGAAACAGCUGUCAGUGCUAGUAUGUACAUUAAAGACCCUGUUUAUCUCCAUUUUAGGAGGAAAACUUUUAGUAGUGUGUACGUUUCAAGUUGUUUCUAUGGCUGUAAGGCAGACAUUUUCAUCCAGAUUGACUCAGUGGUAGUGGAGGAUGUGGCCGUGGUCUUCACCCAGGAAGAGUGGGCUCUGCUGGAUCUUACCCAGAGGAAACUCUACAGAGAUGUGAUGCUUGAAACCUUGAAAAACCUGGCUUCCGUUGUCUCGCAAAACAUGAAUUUUGGAGGAAAGUUAUCUGGUGAACAUAUAACGACAUUCAUGAAGAAUAACAGUUGGUCCUGUACGUUAGGAGAAAUCUCCGAAUCCAGUGCCAGUAGGAAUCAGAAUAAAAAUCAGCGGAGACAUUUGAGAAAUGCUACAGCAGAGAACUUUUCUGAAAGUCAUGAAGGCAAUCAGUGUGGCAAAACCUUCAGGUGGAUUCCAAAUCUUACCAUGCUACAAAGGAUUCCUCCAGAAGUAAAUCAUUUGGAAUAUUCAGAGUUUGGAAAAAGUUUCAUGGAUGACCCAACACAUACAGACCAUACUAGCUCUCAGACUGGAAACAGUUCCUAUCCUUGUACAGAAAGUGGAGAAGCCUGUGUUUGUCCCUCUCACCUAACUGCUGCUAUGAGAACUCUUAGUGGAAAGAAACCACGUAAGUGUAAGGUAUGUGGGAAGAAUUUCAUUUUUAUCUCAAGUGUUAAAAAGCCUUUGUCAACACUCAAUGGUGGUGAACGCUAUGAAUGUAACAAAUGUAAGAAAGAGUUUUGUAGGUUGUCCUCCUAUUGCAAACACAUGAGAGGUCAUAAGCAUGAAGGUAUAGAAUGUUGUGACAACUAUGGUUGUCCUUCCUCUUUCAUUUUACAUAAAACAUUUCAUAAGAGUGAUAAGCCUUAUAACUGUAAGGACUGUGGGAAAACCUUUAAUAGGCCAUCGGCAUUAAAGGUACAUAUGAGAACUCAUACUGGAGAGAGACCUUAUGUAUGUCAGGAAUGUGGCAAAGCAUUUAGUUGUUCCCCCAACUUUGUAAGACAUAGAAGAAUUCACAGAGGAGAGAGGCCAUUUCAAUGUAAGGAAUGUGGGAAAGCGUAUAAUCGACACUCCCACCUCAGUUCCCAUAGAAAAACUCACAGUGGAGAGAGGCGUUAUGAAUGUAAAGAAUGUGGGAAGGCCUUUAAAGAUUCCUCUGGUCUCAGAGUCCAUGGCAGGAUUCAUUAUGGACAGAGGCCUUACGAAUGUAAGGAAUGUGGGAAAGGUUUUAUUUGGGCAUCGUCCCUAAGGAAACAUAAGAGAAUUCACAGUGGAGAGCGACCUUAUGAAUGUAAGGAGUGUGGAAAAGCCUAUAGUUGGUCAUCAGACCUAACAAGUCAUAUGAGAAUUCAUAAUGGACAAAGGCCUUAUCAGUGUAAAGAGUGUGGAAAAGCCUUUAGGGUGUCCUCCAUCCUUACUAAACAUAGAAGAAUUCAUAGUGGAGAGAAGCCUUAUGAAUGUAAGGAGUGUGGGAAAGCCUAUAUUAGCCUCUCAGCCCUUGAUUAUCAUAGAAGAACUCACAGGGGAGAGAAGCCUUACGAAUGUAAAGAAUGUGGGAAAGCCUAUAUUUGCCUCUCAGCCCUCAAUAGUCAUAAAAAAAGUCACAGUAGAGAGAGGCAUUUUGAAUGUAAGGAUUGUGGGAAAGCCUAUAUUUACCUCUCAGCCCUCAAUAGUCAUAGAAGAAGUCACAGUAGAGAGAGGCGUUAUGAAUGUAAGGAAUGCGGGAAAUUCUUUAUGAGUCCAUCGUCGGUAAUUGCACAUGGGAGAAGUCAUAGUGGAGAGAAGCCUUAUAAAUGUGAGCAAU